AUGAAACACCCAUCAAAGCCAUGGAGGCCAUUGACCACAAACUGCUGCGCAAUUGAGGACCAAACUAUCUUUGAGAAUUUUAGUGGCUGCAGGUCCUCAACCAGUUCCUACAUGUCAAAGGAUACAGCACAAUUACCUUCAUUUCAUUGGUUGUCUUUCUCUGAUCUUAGUCAUUCCAAUGAAGAUCUUGCACAGUCUUUUGGCUCGGAUUUGUACGAUUUUCAGCUGAAUGAGCUGCGUGCUGUUACUCAGAAUUUUUCGAGCAAUUUCUUGUUGGGUGAAGGAGGGUUUGGAACAGUUCAUAAGGGUUAUAUAGAUGGUAACUUGAGAAGGGGUUUGAAAGCUCAGCAUGUUGCUGUUAAGGUUCUCAAUACUGAAGGCUUACAAGGACACCGCGAGUGGCUUGCAGAAGUGAUAUUUCUAGGGCACCUAAGACACCAAAAUUUGGUCAAGUUGAUUGGAUAUUGUUACCAGCAUGAAGAACAGCUGCUUGUAUACGAAUUCAUGCCCAGGGGAAGUUUGGAGAAUCACUUGUUCAGAAGAAGAACAUCACUUCCGUGGGCAACGAGAUUAAAGAUCACAAUAGGUGCAGCUAAAGGUCUUGCCUUCUUGCAUGCAGCUAAGAAUCCGGUCAUUUACAGAGAUUUCAAGACUUCCAAUAUCUUGCUCGAUUCAGACUUCACAGCCAAACUUUCAGAUUUUGGACUUGCAAAAAUGGUGGCAGAGGGAUCAAAGUCACAUGUUACGACCAGAGUUAUGGGCACCUAUGGAUAUGCUGCCCCUGAAUACAUCUCCACAGGGCACUUGACAACAAAAGGUGAUGUCUAUAGCUUUGGGGUAGUCCUUCUAGAACUGCUUACAGGAAGGAGAACAAUGGACAAGAGAAGACCAAAGACUGAGCAAAACCUUGUAGAUUGGUCAAAACCGUACUUGAGCAAUGGCAAGAGGUUUUUGUGCAUUGUGGAUCCAAAGCUUGCAGGCCAAUAUUCUGUCAAGGGUGCAAAGGAGAUGGCUUUUUUGGCAUUGCAGUGCACAAGUUUGAAUCCUAAAGACAGACCAAGAAUGCAAACAAUUGUUGAAACUCUUGAAAGGCUACAACAGUUCAAGGAUAUGGCAGUUUCAUGGAGACACUGGCCAUCAUCACCACAAUGUAUUAGAAAUAGACCAUCCAAUAAUAUAAAAAUUGAUCUUAGAGGCGGUGCAAACCACAGGCAGUUUUCUCCUCUAGUUUCAAACAAAACAACUGUAAGAAAACAGAGUAUUUGA